CUUUAUUUGCAGGCAGAACGUGAAGAAACUAAGAACACAGGAUAAGGAGCUAAAGAUAUGAGAAACACCUCGGGGAGGAGCUUUGCUGUUCUUCAUUCUUUGACUUCGAGCAACUUACUCUGAUCGAACGUGAGGAAACCCUCUCAUGUGAGCAUAAAUUCAAAUUAUGGCUGAGGAAGAGCAGAUGUCCCUUGAACGAAAGCUUGCAAUGUUAAUGGCUGAUGGAAAGAAAUUCAUUGAUGAAGACAAAUGGUUUGUUUUGGUGACAAACAAACUCACGACUAAUGACCUCAGCAAUAUCGACUGGUUGCUAAACCUCAACAUCUUUUGUGUAUUUGACUUUGACCCAGACUCAAAGGUCUCAGGUCUGUGCAGUAGAUUCCUUCAACAUCAUGUUGCAAACAUGCAUUCGUUGGAGAGCUACAGAAUUCCAACCAGCACAACGGUCAGAGACCUUGAGAUCCGUUUGAACCUCUUCGAGCAAACCAGCUGGAUUUUUCCAAAUGGAAGUACUGACUGUGAUGGCCAUCAAACUCCAUGUGAUGAAAUUAAUUGGAUCAGAACAAAAAUGACUCUCCUUCGGGAACCUGUGUCCCUGAUAUCCAAACAGAUCCUUCCUAAAGGAGCAUUCCAAGUGAUUUUCCUCCUCACAUCCGCAGUUGAGAAACCACUAUUGUAUACAUUCAACGAAUUCUAUGCUGUCAUGGAAGGUCAUGAAGACAUCAUCUGCAUCUGUGAAUCUGAGGAAACCUUCUCAAAGUGGCAGGCAUUUGCUGAGGGUUCCUGCGGAAAAGAAGCUGUGGACACCAACAGUGUUGUUGGUCUGAAAAUGAGCCACAUUAAUGCAAUAUUGCAGCAGGUGCAGCCUGUUAGCGCAGGUGUUGCCAAACUAUUACCUGUUGUAAAUGGGACUCCCUCAACUCUUGAUGCACAGCAAAAAGAAAGAAUGUAUUCUUUGGACAUUCUUUCGGUGAAUCAUUGUGAUGACACAAGCCAAAACUUCAUACACGAGGAAAAGGACAACAUUGAGGAGCAGUUUUACAGAGGAGGCCGAGUGACGUGGAUGAAUUUCUGGCUUGCGGAACAUGAACAUGUGGGAGAGGUGAUUGAAAGAGAUGCGUAUGUGGAUCUUUUCAAACUUAUUCAUAACAACCUGAGAUUGAAAGCUGAUCCUGACCCUGUGGUCUGUAUAAACAUCAACCAUCAGCCUGGAAGUGGAGGAAGCACGGUCGCAAGGCAGUUGCUGUGGAACCAUAGAAAAACACUGAGAUGUGCAGUUGUCAAACCUGACAAAUCAGCUGAGGUUGUUGCACAACAUGCAGUUGAGCUGAGACAGCAUGAUGAAAAAGAUCCACAGAAGUGUCUGCCUGUACUGCUCCUUAUCGAAGACUCAGAUAAAGAAUAUCUGGGGGACCUCAGAAAUAAGCUUGAGGUCGCCAUUAAUGUUAAAAAGAUUCAAACACCCUGCUUUAUUUUGCUGAACUGCAGUAGGUCCUAUGAUCCAGAGAGAAGAACCAAAGAGUCUCCUCAUAAAAAUGUGUCAGUCACCCGCACACUGUCUCCAGAGGAAAAGACGAAGUUUGCAGAAAAACUGGACACACUUAAACAGAAAUACCAGCCAGCAUGCAUUCUCACCUUUGUCCUGAUGACUGAAGGAUUCUCUGAAAAGAGUAUUGAACAGAAGGUUGAACAUAUACUACGGGACAUUGACCAUACAUCUCCUGUCACCCGCCUCAUGCAUUACGUGGCACUGCUGAACACAUACAUUCGAAACUCCUACAUCCCACAGUCACAUUGCGAAGCCUUCCUAGGUUUGGCAGCACAUGACAGGUUCAGUGAGAAAAGGUUUGUAAACUCCCUCAGCGAUCAAGGUAAACGGCUGUUUCUGCUCCUAAGAGAGGAUAAAACCCACCUUGAAUCUGUCAGAAUCGUCCAUCCACUUGUUGCAGAAGAAGUCCUGAAGCAACUUUCGAUCAGCCAAAUGGUUCAAAGCAAGUUGGCCAUGAAGCUACUUGAGGAAACUACACUUUUCAAAGACAGACUUGGACAGGAUGAUUGUCGCUUAAUUCUGAGGGCUCUUUUCACUCAGCGGCUGAGAACAAGCAAAGGUGACGAGCGCGACAGUCUCUUCUCUCCUCUCAUUGAGCACGUUCGUAAAUAUGAGGGCGGCCCAGGCCCAGCAACUGGUUUACUUAGGAAAGCAUUUGCACGUUUCUGUGGUGAUCCCUUCAUCGCACAACAUCUCGCACGCCUUCACAUUCAAUAUGGACAAUUUGAGGAUGCAAAACACUGGGCAGAAGUUGCUGCACAACAGCAGCCCUACAACUCCUUCAUUCUGGACACAAAAGGCCAAGUGUACAAAAAGUGGUUUCAGGCGAAAUGCAAAGCCAUGGACAACAACAAUGUCCCCAAAACCGUGGACAGUAUAGCAGAUGCUGUGGGGACUGCUUUAAAAGCCAUCGAGUGCUUUCAAGACUGUCAGAGAGCUGAUAAAGACGACAAGGACCAUGUGAACAAUUCUGGGUAUUUUGCCGAGGUUGAGGUUGGAUGCAGUCUGCUGAAGCUGAUUCAGUCACUUCCUGUGUUUUCAAACACACUCAAUGGUCACAAAGAAUGCAUGAAGUACCUGUUAACAGGCUACAUUCCCCAGGAAAUUUCUGAAUCAUGGAAACCAUUUCAUGACAGACUGAAAACACUCCACAAGACCAUACAAGAUUCACUGGAGUGGAUUUCAGAAGAUCUCAGCUACUUCCAGAGUGUGAUUGAUGCAGACGAAGAGGAAACAUCAGGACGUCCUGAAGUGAAGAUCAGCCAUCCACUUACAUGGUUGACACAAAGAUCCUCAGAAUUUGGAAAGUAUUUCAGUGAAGUCACUUUUCAACCAGGACAGCCAAUCCCAGCUGAUUUAACCCCAUUUCAGAAGCAGAUGAUCAUAUAUCAAGUUGGAGGGGGGAACAUAGCAGCAAUACUCACAAAACUAACUCACCACAGCGAUGCAGUGCAUCUGCUGGAGACGAUUCUUUCCCUUUACCCUAGCAAUCCACAGAGGGCAAGGCUUGACCAAAAAGAUGUUGUCUGCUACAUUUCAUGCCAAAUCAGUCUGAACUGCUUGUCUCCCCAAACGUCGUCCACCCUGUCAGACCUACAGGCACUGUGCAAACAAUUCCCUGCGGAUAAAAGGAAAUGCUCACCAGGGGCCCUUUUCUUGUUGACCUUAUUGUUUUGGCCUGAUGAUCAUGACUCGGACACAGAAAAAGAAGCCAAAUAUGAGAAAGUGCAGGCAGCCGUUGAGGGACUUAAAAAAUUCUUCUGGAACAAGAUGAAGAAUGUGCCACAGCACAAGAAAAGACUUUGCACACAUUUCUUCCUCGGACAAGGAAAAGGAUUGGAUAAGUUUGUCCACAAGAUGAAGCUUGGAAAAAUAGAAAAAUCUGUUUCUGAGAAACAAAGCCGGGAGGCUUGGAAAAGUCCUCAGAUUGCAGAGACGUUGAAGCGAGUGUCAGGCAGGACAAAAGACGGAGUUGUUUACCUUGCUGGUCCAAAAACCUUCAGUCUUCUGCCCCUCCAUCCACCCUCUGUGCCUCAUGGCAAUGAAAACAUCACAUUCUUCCUGGGAUUCACUUUCCGAGGUCUUGUAGCUUGCAACAUCAAGAGGAAGUAGGUCUCAAAGAGGGUUUCUGAUUCAGUCAAAAUCAAACAGCAAACUAUUCUCCAAGAAUCACAUAUAAUCAAAUGUAAAUAUUGCACAAGAUUACAAGACAUGGUUGAAAGUGACCUUUCCUACAGAACAGGGCUUUAUCUCAUUUCUUUCAUCGGCAAAACCAUGGUCCAAAAACGGAGGUACGGACCAAACCAUCGGCUCCUAGAGCUCCUCCACUGGCUAUAUUGGGCUCUCACUUCAUUCUAUUGUUUGAGAACAAAUUCAAACAAAACCACAGCAGACAAGGACUGGUUCAGCAGUUUGACUCAGCAUUCAACCAUUCAGCAGAGAGAAUGCCCAAGAAGAGCUAAACGGGUUGAGGACAAGGUCGAACAGGAUUACGAAAUCUGCAACACGAAAUGAAGCAAUGAAAAUGCAUAAAAAUAAAUUAAUGUUGCAACUGCUAUGUGAAAUUCUGUUCAUGAAACACAUGGAAAUGGA